GAACUCAUUCAGUCCCUCCCUCUCCUAACACUCUCACUCUAGACUCUAGAGAGAGAAAGAAGCUACUGGGCGAGCGAAAAUGUCGACGGCCGCUUUCUUCGGAGCUCAAAUCGUGGCAGUACGGAUCCCAUCUGCUCCGGCGUCGUUUGCCGGCGCGAGGAAGUCAGCCCCGUGGAACGGCGGCGGCGGCGGUGGGCCGGCGGUGAUAGAGUGCUCGUCUCGGCCCACCAAGAAGGCGACGGCCCACCACAUGAAGACUCGGCCGAAGAAGACGCAGGCCUGGGACAUCCGGCGAAAGCCCACCGUCUACGCUCCUCUCCCGCCUCUCCCUCCCGACUGGGUUCUCGCCGGUUCCGACGACUCUUCUUCCGAUUCUAUCCCUUCUUCUUCUUCUUCUCCCGUGGAAUCACCUCCCGCCGUGAGUUGAUUUCUGAUUUCUUUUUUUAUUUUAAUUAUUAUCGCUUUGCUUUGCUUUUAAAUUGUUGAUUGGGACUGGGUUGAUUUUGCUUUGUAAGUGGCUAUGGAUGUUUUGUCAAUUUCUAUGUAUGUUGCUUAUAUGCAUAAGCUCUGAUUGUUGUUGCUUCGUGAUUUUUUGCCUGUUUGUUUGAUGAAUGAUAGUAGGAAUUAACAGAGUACUAGACAACGGA